CCCUACACUACCCAUGUUGUAACGAUUGGAUGGGAACGUAAGUAUAGUCCUCCUCCUCCUCCUCCUCCUCCCACCUCACCGACCGGAGAUUUCGAUCCUCUCUCUUUGCAUGCGAUCGAGUGAGUUCGGAACUCAGGGAGUGGUGGCGGAUUAGGGCUUCGCGCCAUUUCGAUUCGAAGAGCAUCGACAAUGCCUUCGGUGCUUGGAGAAACCCUCGACCCACGAAUGGCUAUCCCCUCGUCUUCCGCCUCGCUCACCUCCUUCUAUGGCAAAUCCAGAUUCAAUCGUCUUCAACAGAAGUGUCACAAGUGGAAUAGUCGUGGUAAUCUUAGCUAACAUUUGCUUCUCGUGGGGUGCUAUCUCGUCGCUUUAGGUAUUUGUUGCUGCUUGCUGCUGGUGAUUAAAGAAACGUGACAGAGGAUCAUAAUUGAUGGCUAGUUGUCAGUCUUGCAAAAAGAUAGCUUCCAGAGAUUUUGGGACUGAUCCAUCUUUCUGCACUCCUAAUUUUAGGGAAUCAUUGAUGAAGCAUAAAUGUAGUACUCCUGUCAUCAUUGAAAAUAUUGUGAAGAAUAUAGCCUUGGAGGAUCUUGACAUUUUAUCUAUUAAUGAGCAAAACGAACCUAUAAUUGGAGAACUUGGACGAGUUUUAAGUGGAAUCUUUCAUGUUGGUGAUUCAUAUAAGGGGAUAUGCGAUCAUGAUCCUGCUACAGAUAAGGAUUCUUAUAAGGGGGUACACGGUCAUGUAAAUGAAAUUGACAUAACUUUUUUGGACGACAAUAAAUGGGAAGAUUUUGACAAGCAUACUUCUAUACACAUGUUGGAACAUCCGCAAUCACCUCUUUCCCAGGAUGCAAGAGAAUCACCAAGUAAAAUAACGGAUGCUGAGAGCUCUGUAAAACCUUGUACUCCAAAGCUUAUCUCGGCCAUGAAGGGGAGCCGUGAGCAACUAGGCACGCAGCCAAAUAAAAAAUUGAGUGUUAAGUGGUCACCCGAUGUAUAUGAUCCACCAGUUACAUCUGAGUCCCACACCGUGAAGGAGCAUCGUCGUGGUUACAGGAUUGUCAAGAAAGAACCUCGUAAGCAAAAGCACAGCAAAAACAAGUCCUGCAAAAGCAGCAGCUGUGACAGGAAGUCUCUCUCACGGAAGAGCAUGGGACAACAUCGACUGUAGAAUGAUGAUGAUGUUAGCAGCACUCCAGGAAAUAAGUGUGCUGCCCAAUCAAAUGUGGAAAUCCUGGGCUAUACUCCGAUUUGACUGACACGAAAUGUGGAAAUAGCAACGAUGUCGAGCCUGCUGCUAGGCUGCAAAUCUCAGUUGCCAAAGCCAGCGCAGUACCAUGAAAGGAGCAGCUACAAGUUCUUCCCAAGUAAUAUUUUAGUGCAGUUUUGAUUUUGUACUUGAUCCUUUCUUGAGUCUCGUAUGUAUCCCUCUAGUACGUUCCAUUGUUUUACCACCCUCGACUAUGUUUUUUUUUUACUACAUUUUGUUUUUGUCUGAUCGUGCGAUGAGCUAAAGUGGUGAGUUCUGUUAUGGAUUGUUAAUUUCGUGAUCAA